UAACAAUAAAAAGAAUAAAAGCAAAUUUUCAAUUGAUCGGUUCAAAUAUUGAAUAAUAUUUGCAAGGAUGAAGCUGACAGAAAAGACAAACUGCUGUUCCCAUUGUAAACGGGAAAAUAAUAAGUGUAUAAAGAAGAAAAAAGUUCUGAAACAUUUGUUCAGCGAAAAAUUAAAUGCUUCUCUUCUUAAAAAGACCAAAACAGUACCAAACACAUAUGGGUUGUAUUGUAUUACAAGUAAUGAUGCUGGUGAAGUUUUGUACAUUGGGUUUUCGAACCGCAGUGUGCGACAAAGAUUGUUGGCUCAUACAGGAGGAUACGACAAUCAAGCAAUAGGAAAAUUCUUGAAAGGGAAGGAUCUUCGAAAGUUUUCGCUUGCAUGGGUAAAGGAGCAAAAGGCUGAAUGCUUAGAACAGAAAUUUAUUGAAUACGUUACCCAUAAUCAAGGUUUUAGACCACUGUUUAACAUGAAAAGAGGACGGUCAUGUGGACGAAAGGAAGAAUGAAUUAAUAUUAAUCAAGGAAUAUUCGUUUUCGGAUGCAUCAAUGUUUUUUAAUUGAUUGAAAUGUCACUCAUAUUUUAAGUUUUUUCUUCCAUUCUUCUUUUCUA